AUGGCUGAAAUGUUAUCCAUUACCGUUUAUUUUUUAGCUGCAGACGAUGCUAAUAAACCAAAGAAUAUGAAUGAAGCAAUCAUCUAUUCGUGUAACCGACCACUCGGAAAGGGUAAAUACAAAGUAUUCGCAAUAUUCGCGAAUGAAUCGAACCUUGCUGAAAAAAUUGAUUUUAGCAAAAAAAUUGUCUUUUUGAUACACGGGAACGAACCGCUUCCCCAUGAGCUAAAACAUGAUUACUCAACGCACGUCGAUGCAAAUGUUUGCGAAAUAAUUUGGGCUCGAGUUGAGGACGUUAUGCCUUCGAAAACUCGUAAAACUCGUGCUGCAGCAAGUUCUGAAUUCAUCGCUUAUUUCAUUACAAAACUUCACGAAAAACACCAAGUUGAUUAUGGGAGAAUAACUAUGGUUGGUCACGGAAUUGGCGCCCAAAUUGCUGGCGUAGUUGGAAAUAGAAUUGGGGGAGGACGCGAUAAAAAAGGAAUUGGCGAAAUUUACGCCUUGAAUCCCUAUGGAAGACGCGAGAUCGACAAACAACAACAUAUCGAUGAACGUUUAAGUUUGGAUGACGCCAAUUACGUUCAGGUAAUUCAAACGACCAAUGGCGAAUAUUUACAGGAUUUUGCUCAUCAAGUAUUCCAUCCGAAUUUGGGAAAAGCUCCGCAACUUCCAUGCAUUUACAAAGAUGAUGCUACGGAUGAGUGUGCUGACAAAAUGGCGAUCGAGUAUUUCCGAUAUUCGUUAGAUAAAAAUAACGUAUUUAUGGGACAGCAAUGCCUGGAUAGUUAUUUUUAUUUGCGAAGGGAAUGCUUCAAAAAGCAAGAUCGUAUGGGAAUUUAUGCCAAGAAAAAGGUCAAUGGUCACUUUUUCUUUGAGACUUUUGGUGCGCCGCCAUAUACGCCAAGAGAUUACAAUAAAUUGAUGGACGAUUAG